AUGGAAAACCUGGCCUGGGCCUCAUCAAUAAGCCGGUCUGACCUCUCCUGCAGGCCUCAUCAAGAAGCCGGUCUGACCUCUCCUGCAGGCCUCAUCAAGAAGCCGAGGCCCUGUCUCCGAGGCCCAGAUUUAGAGGGCCAGACUCAGAGGCCCAGCCUCAGAGGCCCAGUUUCAGAGGCCCACUCUCAGAGGCCCAGGCUCAAAGGGCCAGUCUCAAAGGCCCAUCUCAGAGGUCCACUCUCAGAGGCCCAUCUCAGAGGCCCACCCUCAGAGGCCCACUCUCAUAGGCCCACUCUCAGAGGCCCAUCUCAGAGGCCCACUCUCAUAGGCCCACUCUCAGAGGCCCAUCUCAGAGAGGCCCCCUCUCAGAGGCCCAUCUCAGAGGCCCAUCUCAGAGGCCCAUCUCAGAGGCCCACCCUCAGAGGCCCAUCUCAGAGGCCCAUCUCAGAGGCCCACUCUCAGAGGCCCAUCUCAGAGGCCCAUCUCAGAGGCCCAUCUCAGAGGCCCACCUCAGAGGCCCAUCUCAGAGGCCCAUCUCAGAGGCCCAUCUCAGAGGUACAUCUCAGAGGCCCAUCUCAGAGGCCCACCCUCAGAGGCCCAUCUCAGAGGCCCAUCUCAGAGGCCCAUCUCAGAGGCCCAUCUCAGAGGCCCACACUCAGAGGCCCAUCCUCAGAGGCCCAUCUCAGAGGCCCAUCUCAGAGGCCCAUCUCAGAGGCCCACCCUCAGAGGCCCAUCUCAGAGGCCCACCUCAGAGGCCCAUCUCAGAGGCCCAUCUCAGAGGCCCACCCUCAGAGGCCCAUCUCAGAGGCCCACCCUCAGAGGCCCAUCUCAGAGGCCCAUAUCAGAGGCCCAUCUCAGAGGCCCAUCUCAGAGGCCCAUCUCAGAGGCCCACCUCAGAGGCCCAUCUCAGAGGCCCAUCUCAGAGUCCCACCCUCAGAGGCCCAUCUCAGAGGCCCACCCUCAGAGGCCCAUCUCAGAGGCCCAUAUCAGAGGCCCAUCUCAGAGGCCCAUCUCAGAGGCCCAUCUCAGAGGCCCAUCUCAGAGGCCCACACUCAGAGGCCCAUCUCAGAGGUACAUCUCAGAGGCCCAUCUGAGAGGCCCACCCUCAGAGGCCCAUCUCAGAGGCCCAUCUCAGAGGCCCAUCUCAGAGGCCCAUCUCAGAGGCCCACACUCAGAGGCCCAUCCUCAGAGGCCCAUCUCAGAGGCCCAUCUCAGAGGCCCAUCUCAGAGGCCCACCCUCAGAGGCCCAUCUCAGAGGCCCACCCUCAGAGGCCCAUCUCAGAGGCCCAUCUCAGAGUCCCACCUCAGAGGCCCAUCUCAGAGGCCCACCCUCAGAGGCCCAUCUCAGAGGCCCAUCUCAGAGGCCCAUCUCAGAGGCCCAUCUCAGAGGCCCAUCUCAGAGGCCCAUCUCAGAGGCCCAUCUCAGAGGCCCAUCUCAGAGGCCCAUCUCAGAGGCCCACCCUCAGAGGCCCAUCUCAGAGGCCCACCCUCAGAGGCCCAUCUCAGAGGCCCAUAUCAGAGGCCCAUCUCAGAGGCCCAUCUCAGAGGCCCAUCUCAGAGGCCCAUCUCAGAGGCCCACCCUCAGAGUCCCACCCUCAGAGGCCCAUCUCAGAGGCCCACCCUCAGAGGCCCAUCUCAGAGGCCCAUCUCAGAGGCCCACCCUCAGAGGCCCACCCUCAGAGUCCCAUCUCAGAGGCCCACCCUCAGAGGCCCAUCUCAGAGGCCCAUCUCAGAGGCCCAUCUCAGAGGCCCAUCUCAGAGGCCCAUCUCAGAGGCCCAUCUCAGAGGCCCACCCUCAGAGGCCCACCUCAGAGGCCCACCCUCAGAGGCCCAUCUCAGAGGCCCAUCUCAGAGGCCCACCCUCAGAGGCCCAUCUCAGAGGCCCACCCUCAGAGGCCCACCCUCAGAGGUGAAUUCAGUAACUCUUCCAUGGUUUAA